AUGGCUUCCAGAGGAGCUCCUGCCGGUGCUCGCGGUACCAACUCCCGCUUUGCGCAGUUCAAGCUUGUGUUAUUAGGAGAGUCUGCUGUCGGAAAGAGCUCUAUCGUCUUGCGGUUCGUUAAGGACCAGUUCGACUCGUACAGGGAAUCCACUAUCGGUGCCGCCUUCCUGACCCAGACUAUUUCACUCGACGAGAACACAACAGUCAAGUUUGAGAUCUGGGAUACUGCCGGCCAGGAGCGAUACAAGUCACUAGCACCCAUGUACUACCGAAAUGCAAACUGCGCUGUAGUAGUCUACGACAUCACACAAUCUGCUUCCUUGGACAAGGCGAAGGCAUGGGUGAAGGAACUCCAGCGACAGGCCAACGAAAACAUCAUCAUCGCCCUGGCAGGAAACAAGCUGGAUUUGGUGACGGAACAGCCGGACAAGAGAGCGGUAUCGACUGCGGAGGCUGAGGCCUACGCCAGCGAGGCUGGCCUGCUCUUCUUCGAAACAUCGGCCAAGACGGCAGAGAAUGUCCGCGAACUCUUCACGGCGAUUGCGAAGAAACUACCUCUGGACCAGGUCGGACCCCGGCACACUAGGCCAGGCCAGCGAGCCGGUGGAGUCAGCCUGCAGUCGGAGAAUGCGAAUACCCAGUCUGGAGGAGCAUGCGCUUGUUAG